AUGGACGAAAAACUAACUAUUUCGUUAUUAACUAGUUCCAGUGAUAAGUUACCAAAGUUUAGUGGAAAGAAUUCGGAAAAUGUGGCCAAAUGGUUAAGAAAAGUUACGAAUGAAUUAAAUGUAUUCAAACUGACAGAUCCUCAAAAGUUAUUGAUGAUUCCAUCGGUGUUAACAGAUGAUGCACGUCAAUGGUAUGUCAACAAUUUAGCUCUUUUGGUGGAUUGGGCAACAUUUUCCCGCGAAAUCUUAACGGCAUUUACAUCACCCAUGCAUCGCAAUGUGGCAAUUAAGCAGAUAGGUACGCGAGUGCAAGGCGUGGAGGAAACCGUGUUGCAUUAUUAUCACGAAAUGAUCGAGCUAUGUGAUAUGAUUGACAACGACAUGAACGAUGAAUUGAAAGUCGGAUAUUUAUUAGCUGGAGUUAAUUACCGUUGGUCACAUUGCACGUCAUUGUUUCUCAAAAAACUACUAGCGGGGGCGAAUGAUGGUUACGCUCUCGUUCAUACUCAUCAUCCAUCUUUAAUAUUCAUACCAGCCUGGAUCAAUAGUUUGAAAAUCAAAGCAAUGCUAGAUACGGGAGCCACAUCUUCGCUAAUCACCAAAUCUACAAUUAACAAACUUCAUUUGCAACAACAAAUCCAGGUAGAAGGAGGCGAAAUCGUAUUAGGCGAUUCACAAACACGAAUGAAACAAUAUGGUCGAAUUUAUUUGGAAUUAGAAAUUGGCAGAAAAAGAUUUGGAAUUACAGCAAUUGUCGUCGAUCAAUUAACAAAUGAAUUAAUUUUGGGUAUGGAUUUUGUACGAAAAUUCAAAGUAGAAAUAAAUAUGAGCUCUGAAUGUCUCAUGCUGCACAGACAGAACCAACGCAUCAGUGUGCAAUUUGGCAAGUUCAAUGACGUUCGAUUAGCACAGCGAUAUACUAUACUUCCCAGAUGUAAACAAGUGGUCAAUGCGGUGGUAGAUGGGGCGGUGACUGCGGAGAGAAUGAUGUUCAAGGUCGUGGGAUGGAAGCAACAGCAAGCUAAGCGUGUUCGUCUUUGUGAUGGUUUAGUUGAUGUUUACAAUAGUUGUGUACAAGUAACACUUUAUAAUCCUACAACGCGAAGUGUAACUCUUCCCAAAGCAAUGUGUAUUGGUGAAAUAGAGUCCUUGGAAGUUGAUGAAUAUUGUUCGGUAUUAAGCUCCACGAACACCAUCGAAGAGUUUACGUUUCAGCAGCAUCAAAAAGAGCAUCCAGUGCCACUAGACAAGAUUGUUACUACGCUAACGCAACAUUUAUCCACUAAUGAUAAAUAUUAUAAACAAAUACACGAGCUUGUCGAUGAACAUAAAGUAUUAUUUGAUGUAAGUCAACCACGUACGAUUAACGCAACUAUACAUCACGUCAUUGACACUGGCGAUCAUGCUCCAAUUGCUGCUAAACCAUAUUUUAAAACUGUUGAACAGCGAAAGAAUAUUCAACAGGAGAUUGAUAAAAUGUUGCGCGCCGGUAUUGUUAUACCAUCGACAUCGGACUGGUCAUCUCCAGUGGUUUUAUUAACGAAAUCUGAUGGCACCUUUCGAUUCAUAAUAGAUUACAGGAAAUUAAAUGCUAUCACCAAGAAAGAUGUCUAUCCUCAGCCCACAGUCGAAGAGCUUAUUCAACGUUUGGGUGGCCAUUCAUGGUUCACAAAGAUUGACAUGAAAGCAGGGUAUCAUCAAAUUCCAAUCAGAGAUCAGGACAAAGAAAAAACGGCGUUUGUUACGCAAGAUGGUUUAUAUCAAUUUGAAGUAUUACCAAUGGGUUUGAUGAAUGCGCCACCAACGUUUCAACGGUUGAUGCAUAAUAUCAUAGGUUAUAAUCGGUGGGACUAUGUGGUCAUCUAUCUAGAUGACAUAAUUAUAUUUUCUCAUUCGUUUGAGGAACAUGUGGGACAUUUACGUGAAAUCUUUCAAAUCCUCAAGGAUCACCAAUUCACAUUGAACCCGAAAAAAUGUUCCAUUGCUCAACAAACUAUUGAGUUUCUGAGUCAUAUGAUUACGAAAGAUUCCAUUGUGCCGUUACCGGAACGGAUUCAAGCCAUCUUGGAUAUACCCCAACCAACAACAUUAGCACAAGCGAAUAAAUUUAUUGGUAAAUUAGGAUGGUAUCGGAAGUUCAUUCCUAACUUUUCUCAAAUCGCAGCACCCAUCCAUCGAGUAACAAAUAAAAUCAAAAGUAAGCGCAAAGAGUUUGCUUGGGGAGAUGAACAAAUUCAGGCUGCAAAUGAACUCAAACGAAUAUUAACUGGUCAACCACUUAUGCUGAAGUAUCCUCAUCCGACGGCACAAUUCGUUCUGUCAACUGAUGCAUCUGAUUAUGCAAUUGGCGGCACAUUGAAGCAAAUCGUUAAUGGUAAAACUCAUUACAACUAUUAUUUAUCACGGCUAUUGUCGGACACAGAAAAACGAUAUGCUACUAUUGAGCGAGAAGCAUUGGGUAUAUUUUGGUGCUUGAAUAAGCUGCAGCAGUAUCUGGGCGGAAGGGAUGUGUUGGUUCUCACGGAUCAUAAACCAUUACAACACUUUCACGCGAAAAACAAGAUCAAUAGCAAACGAAUAGAACAAUGGCUCAUCAAAAAUCAAGAAAUCCUAUCACAAAUAGUGGACGUACAAUAUCGCAAGGGAAGCCAGAAUGGAGAUGCUGAUGGAAUGUCUAGACCUGGCCUACGAGAUACUCUGGAAACCGUGAACGUCAUGACUCGUGCUAUGACCAGAGCUCAGGCUCAAACAACAGUAACGAAUCAAACCGAUGUAGUAGUCUCACCAAAGGAUGACAGUGGGUCUGUUAUGACAUUUAAUUUUACUUUAAUGCGAAUCAGUACUGAACAACAGAUGGAUUCCUAUUUUGGUAAUAUUUUGAGGCGAGUUACGGCAAACACAGGGCCCAAGGAACCGUAUAUCAUGGAAAAUAAUGUUUUGUAUAAACUGGUGAAAACAGCAGCCAAGGGACGACAAUUGAAAUUAAUUUGUAUUCCAAAAUCAAUGCAGCAGGAAGUUAUUCGAUGUUAUCAUGAUCAUCCGACUGCAGCCCAUUUUGGUAUUACCAGAACCUGGCUGAAAAUUCGACAAGUGUGUUUUUGGCGUGGUAUGAAACAGACAAUAGUGAAUUAUAUACGAUCUUGUGACAAAUGUUCGAGAUAUAAUAGUAAUCGCAAUAAACCCACCGGACAUUUAAAUCCAAUUGAACUGCCUGAAGGCCCGUUAGAAUUAGUGUCAAUGGAUUUUUGGGGACCAACGCCACAAUAUUCAUCAAAGGGCAAUAAGUAUGUUUUGGUUAUUAGUGACUAUUAUACCCGGUAUGUUGUGGCAACUCCUCUCCCAAACAAUACUGCGAUAACUGCUGCUCAAUGCUUUGUUGAAAAUUUUGCCUUUAAGUUUGGUGUUCCUCGACGAUUGAUUACAGAUCAGGGAGUUCAUUUCAAUAAUGAAUUGAUGCGAAAUGUAACCAAACUAUUAGGAACAAACCAUAUUCAAACUACAGCGUAUCAUCCGCAGUCGAAUGGUUUGACAGAAAGAUUUAAUGGCACGUUUCAUACGCAAUUAGCAAAAUUUCAAAAUGAGGAUUUGUCGGAUUGGGAUGAGUUUCUUGGAGCCGUGACGUAUGCGUAUAAUACAGGUAUUCAGAGUAGCACGAAAUUCUGUCCAUUUCAAUUGAUGUUCGGGCGUCGUCCUGUUUUACCACUCGAUCAUACAGCUGAGACAUUUCAUUUCGAUCGACCCAAUGAUUAUUGGCACAAGAUGAUGCGAUGGAGCAAUAUUUACAAAACAGCAGCACGCCAACACAUGAAAUUCCAACAGCAACAAUCAAAAGCACGCUUUGAUAAACAUCGUCCAAACCAUCAACUUCAAGUGAAUGAUUUGGUGUGGUGGAAAGUUCCAGGGAUUCGAGGCAAAUUUCAAGAACGUUUUUCUGGUCCAUUUCUAAUUACGCACAAGCAGCAUCCUUCGUAUACUAUUCAAGAUCCGCAAACAUCAGUUGUUAAAACUGUUCAUAUUAGUAGUUUGAAGUUAGUCUAUUCUCGACCUGUUAGUUCCGUAUAA